AUGUUUGUUGGAAGUUUGAAGUUGAUAUCUUUCACGGAUGAUAAGCACAUCAGCACGCCGAAUGGAAUUUUCUCUAGCGCCGAUAAAUUUAUGAAUGGAUUUAUGAUAGACACGUCGAACAUCACAAAGUUGAAGCCAACUCAUCUGUUGCUUGCGCUAUUGAUAAGAGAAUUAAAUGAACGAAUGUGCAAGAAACUCAACUCGCUGAAUUUCACAGGAAUUGUUGGCAUUUAUUCACAGAUCGGAUACAUAAUCAUUCAGUACAACACUCGCGAGAUGACCUCAAGACAAAAUAACAACAACAAUAACGAGAUGAAGGAAAUAUUUUCGAGUGAUAAGCAAAAAUGCAUUGCAUUGCAUUUGCUUUACCAAGUUGGAAUGAAAAUAAGAUUCAAGACUUGA